AUGUAUAGCUUUCUCUGUGGAAACAUUGAGUUAGUUUGUAUUGCAGCGAGUAAUGCAAGGCUGAGACUCAUUCGGUUAUCGGAAGCAGUUGAGAAGAUUAGACGGCAAGCAGCGGUUAGUGUUCAGACCGGAAAGGAAAAUGAAGCAAGGGAGUUGCUUUUUCAAAAGAAGAAAAUCAUGCAAGCCAUGGAGAAGUUGAAGACUCGUAUCGAAUUGUUUGAUCAGUUUUCUGUGAAACUGAAUGAGCUUGGUCUAAAGAAAAAGAUUAAGUUUCAGGCAAUCUCCAUGAAGGAAAGUCUACUUAUUGGGAAUAUGACUCUGGACCUUGAGGUUAGUGAGUCGGAACCCUCUAGUCCCGUUCGAAUUGUAUCACCGACAGAGGAAAACAUUACAGACGACGACCUGCAAUUGGAUUCGGAUAACAUGGAAUUCGAAGAAGAUCAGGAAAUGCAAGUUUCAUCCGAGAAUCAAAGAACCACCCACAGUGAAAAUGGCUGUAACAGCCUCGAAGAUCCUGUCAGUGAAAAAAUGUUAAAUGACGCUGACGAUGUCCGGGAUCCAAGGAAAUCCUCAACUUAUGAGGACUUCGUGACACACAUAGAUCAACAGCUCAACAAAAUCCAAGAAGAGCUUGAAACAUUUGUAAGGGUUUCAAACUUGUUUCUGGAAAGCAAAGAAAGGCCAGAGUAUUCGAAGGUACAACAUGCAACGGAAAUUCUCGAGGGCGUUUAUCAUAUAAGAGAAAGGAUUGCCAUUAUCAAGCAAACAAAAUGAGCUCUAGGUCAAAUUGCCAUUUUGAUGGUCUCUUUUGUUUCACAAAAUGACAUGAUGAAGGUAAGUUGCCUCUUCUUUUCUUAGCUAUUUUCUUUUCAUUUUUGGUAACACUCUUUGUAUUGUUUUAAGGAUAAUUGGAGAUAAAUUAUGUUGUAUAGAGUGAUUUGUGAUCUCCAAUAUUUGAUUCCAACUUGUAAAGAAUAAGUUAUUCAUGACUUGCAAAUUUUGAUUAUCUUAUCUAUCAUAGAAGUAA